AUGAUGGAGAGGAAUUACCCGAGCUCCAGCUUCACAGAGCCGGUCAGCGCGGCGGCUCAGACCGCGGGCUGGGCCUACAAACCCAGUUCUAGUUAUGGUUCUACACAGUUGGACUCUGAGCUCCUCCAACGGCAGACCUUUGCCUCUACUCACCAGCCUACGUUUACCACCACCCACCAUCCCACAGGUGUGUUUGACUCAAAUCAGCACAGCACCGCCAGUAGCAACACUACUGAAUCAUCAGUCAUGAACUUCCUCUCUGCUAUUGAAUCUAGAAGCCUUCAGGCUGGACCUGCUGGCUCUACUCUUCUCCCUUCAUUUAGAAGCCCAUCCUGGCAAACUGGUGCAAACUCUUCAACAGAACUUUAUCUCACCGGAGCCCUGCAUCCUUCAGGAACGUUCCCGACGCCUUCUGCGCUCUCAUCCUACCAGCACCCUAGUGCCUUUCCUACCAGAAGUUUCACCACUACAUCAGCACCUGCUGUUCAGGACAGCACUUUCAGCUCUUCAAAUGGUCUGCUAUCCCCUAAUGACCCUCUGCUGCAGCUCAAAUCCUCCCAGUACACUGUGCCAACUGCACUUGCUUUUGGUGGUACGUCUCUAGGGGCUGGCUUGCCACCCCAGUCCUCCACCUAUCGCUCAGCACAAGAGUCAGCCCCACACCUCCUCCAGCCUCAGUUCAGCCUGCUGUCCACAUCCUUGGGCAGCUCCCAGCAAGCCCCUCAGCCUUACGGUGGCCCGGUUUUCUCAGGCUCCAUUGAACGAGCACUUCAGCGUGAAUGUAGUGUGAUCAAGCACCACCAGCGGCCUUCUAGCACCCAGCCAGUUCAGGAGCAGCUGGCUAGCGGUGCUCAGCACUCCUUACAGGGUUACCUGCACGACGAGAGUGACAUUUCAUAUCAACAGGACCCUUCCCCGCACACACCCUUACCCUGUAGUCCUGCGGGCGAUCCUUCGCCCCUAAACGGCACCACACAACAGAAGACAGCUUCUCAGGCAGCGCUGCAGCAAACUCAGGCCUACGUUUCUUCUGCCCCCUCCCCUGGGUUUUCCAGCUCAUCUGGAGUAAAGGUUAAAGACGGUUCUUCCAAAAUAGCUCAACAUCCCAGUGAGAACACAGACACCCAAGCCCAGGCAAGCUCUCCAGGCAUGCAGCCGCAGAGCUACUCCUCCCCAGCCCAGAAACAAAGCUCAGUGAUCGCUAGCCAGUCACAACCGUACACAUCCACGCAGCUUCCAGGCCUGGUCUCCGUUAGUGCCUCGCACGCUUAUAUCACAUCUCAAAGCCUGUCGAGCAACCUCAGCCAAACACAAGGCUUCUCGUCUAGUUUGCCUGAGAAGCUUCCUUCCAUUUACAAGACUCUCCCAUCAUUUGCUAGUCAAUCUGAAGCUGAGACAUCUGUGAGCCAGUCUCUGAUUUAUUCCUCGAGUCAGCAGCAGGAUUUGCCGCCUGCAGGAAACAGGGAAGGGUAUGAGACACAGGUGCAAACUCUUUGCAUGGGAAGUCCUUCUCAAAGCUAUUCUUCCAGCCACUCUCAGGGCCUGCCAACCAUUAGUUUCUAUACCCAGGGGCUGGCAUCUGCUAGCAUACCUUCGCAAAACUAUGUGUCAAGUCAAUCCCUAACCCCCAUCCCUUCCUUCUCACCCAGUCGUGCCAGAAGUUUAUCAUCCACUAACCCAGGACAGGACUAUAUCUUAAUGCAGUCUCCUCCUGGUAGCAAGACAGACAGUGCUCUUUUACAGCAGAAGUUCUUGUCAUCUGUGCAGUCAUCAACCUCCUCUCCUGCCGCUCACACCCAAGCCUUACCAAACAACCAGUCCUCAGUUGAGUUAAAACCACAUCAACAAGAUGAACGCAUGUUUCUUUCAUCAAAAGAGGGCUCUGAAGAGCUUCCUCUUGAGGAUGUGCAGGCAUUACAGAAAGGCUCUAUGGUGACCUCCUCUCAAACCCUUUCAGCCAAUGAAGUCGGAGCACAGAACAGCACAAAAAAUUACGUUUAUGUAGUUUCGAAAAUGGAAGACCGGCACAACACCCAAAGUGUCAUACGUAGUAACUCCCGAACAGAGGAGCAGAUCCUUACACAUUUGGAAACCACAAAGGAGCUCGCUACCAGUGCCAAUACUCCCUCCGACCCCAAGAGUAACUCUUUGUUGAUGCACUCCACCCAUGCACCCUUGAAUGCCGACCAGCUGAAACAGCAUACCCUACUUCUGAAAGGCUCCAGUUCUCAGCAGCAGAACCUUCAGGGUCAGAUUAUCAGAGUUCAACCGACAGAUCCCAGACACCUGUCUGAGGACCAAACACAAUUUAUCCGGGUUCCCAGUACCCAAGUUCUCCUUGAUCCCGCUCACAUGAUUGUUCUGCAACAGCCUGUACUCACCUCAGGCCAGAAUCAGCCCAAGCAGACUAUGUACAUGCAGUCCGUACCAGUCCAGUAUCUCCAAAUGAACAGCGACACUGUUAAUUUGACCGUUAAUGGGCGUCACAACCAGCAAGUUGUCUCUCACCAAGUGCCCAACUCAACAGAGUCCACUAAACAGGACCCAACACAAAAAGACAACUUCAACCAGUCAAAUCCUCAUGAUGCAAAGCAGAACUUUACUCUCAGUUCCGUAUGCUUUCCUGACUCCAUGCUAUUGGCAGAUGAUAGGAACAUCCUCUCAAAUGUUGAUGACAUCCUUGCUGCUACCGCAGCCGCCUGUGGCGUCACACCACAGGACUUUGUCAAAUCCACAUCAUCUGAUGCUGACAUGUCAUCGGUGGCCAACCCUGUAGACUCCAAGUGCAAUUUUCAGUCAGCUGAGAACAGACUUGAUAGUUUCCCAUCUCAGCAUAUGAUAAUCACUAACUCGCAAGCCAUGACUAUAAUUGGUGCUCAAACGUCAUACUCCAAAGAUGAAACGGAGGGACACCAAGUGUUUACGCUCUCAAACUCUAAUAACCAACCUGAGAUGACAAACAACUCUGCACAAGAAAUAUCUGACAAGGUAGCAAACACUCAUGAGCAAAAUAAUGUGUUACCCAAAGGACAUUUUGUAAACUCUAGCCAUGGCUCUGUUUUGAAUGCUAAUGGACUUGUUAUUAGUAAUUCAACCUCCUCUGACUUUCAGUUGUCUGGCCAGGAGCAAAGUCAAUCAGGACAUCUGAAUACUGAAAACGUAUCAAAUAAUAUAAGCCAGCCAAAGGGAUUGAAAGGCCUUAAAACCGAUGAUAGUCCUAGUGAACAUCCCACAGAUGGCCUUCCAAAAAAACGACCCAGAUCAAAGGGUUCAUCGAAGCAAUCUGUUGAAGAUGAAAAUGGCCAACCCAAAUCUCAGAAGAAGAGCACACAAGUUAAGCGUCAGAAUUCACGUGCCAGUGAGGCAAGUUCAACUUCCACCUCAGAGGUCUCAAAUGAAAGCUACCAACAGCAGGAGAGAAUGCGCCAGAAGUUACGAGAGGUUGAAGAAAAACAGCCAGAGGUUAAAACUGGAUUCUUGGGCUCCUUCCUAGACUUUCUUAAAUCUGGAUCCAGACAAAACCUAUCAUCUCCACCGAUACGGUCGCCCAAUCGCACUAGAAAGCCUUCGGCCUCCAAGAGGCCUCCUAAUCAAUUACUUAUUCCUUUUAAACCUCCCCCUCCUACAAACCCAUUAAUAUCUCCAGACCCUCAUAGUGUCAUUUCUACAAAACGACUUGAUGAAGAGCUCCAGAGGAACCUGGAAACACUGCCGUCAUUUUCCUCUGAUGAAGAUGACUCCGUAGGAAAAAACCAAGAUCUUCAAAAGAGCAUCACCUCUGCACUGUCAUCUUUAGACGAGCCCUCAGACAAAAAGCAGAAGUUGGGUGACGAUACAAAGCAACUUCAAACCUCCAGCACACAGCCUACUGAUGCCAAGCCACAGGACCAACAGCUGGCUGUACAGAAGAUGUCUGCGGAGGAGUUACUAAAGGAUGUGCCUCCAGACAAGCUAGCUGUUCAACUGAACUCAGUUGCUAUCGAGGGCCUGAUGGACAAGGAGCUGUCAGAUAGUGGAGGGGAGGGCAUGUACCGGGAGCGUGACGAGUUUGUCGUUAGGAAUGAGGAUAUUGAAAGGCUGGAGAUCACAUUGAAGGCAGGUGUCGAACCACCAGCCAUCUGGAAGGUUCAGAAAGCCCUGCUACAGAAGUUCGUACCGGAGCUCAGGGACAGGAAACGAGUGUUCUUUGCCACCAAUAGUUAUUUGGGGUACUUUGGUGAUGCUAAGUCCAUGUACAGGAGAGUACAUGUCAAAUUUCUUGACACUGUCAACAAGCGGGAGUAUGUUCGAGUCUGCAGCAGGAAACCACGAUGCAAACCUAUGCAUUCAAUGAGAGGCUCUCAGGCUAAAGCUCUUCUGGCCCAACGGUUCACUGCGGCGACUGUGUCGGACUCUCCCACGCAGAAAACAACACAACAGAGACCUCUAUCCAAACCCAGACCCAAGCAGCUGAAAGCCAAGGCUGAACCGCCACCUAAAAAGAGAAAGAAAUGGAAAGAAGAGUUCACGACAUCUCCCUCCGACUCCUCACCGGAGGCUGUGAGCGAGGAUGAUGAGUUUACACCUCCGGUUCCAUUCGCCUCGCGUUUCCUGAACACCAGAACGAUGAAGGAGACCUUCAAGAGCUUCGUUGAGCUGCUGAUCAGCACAGCCCUGGACGCAGACGUCAUGAACGCGCUAGAGCGAGAGAACGACGAGCUGCUGCUUCCUCACAUGAAGAGGGUGGAUGGAAUGAUCACAGACAACAGACGGAGGCUGCUGCCCAAACUGCGAAUGGGUCAGAUCUUCAAAAAUGCAUUAGACAGCUUUCCUGAGCUGUCUGUGGUGACCGAGCUGAAAACAGACUGCGAGACUCCUGUUUUUAAAGUGAGGUUAAGUGGGAGGGCUUACAACAGGAAAACCAUGAAGCCCUCGAAAUCGCCCAGCAAACUUCCCCUGGAAUACACAGUGGAUCAGCAGAAAACAAAGUGGUUUUCCCUUUAUCACUCUCUACAACACUAUAAGUACCACACAUACCUGAUGUGUAUGGACGAGAUUCGGUUGUUGAAGUCGCGAGGUAGAGAUCUGGGGCAGGACGAGACGGUUCAGACUUGCAUGGGCAACAGGACUUGGGUAGAGGGCCUGUUCGAUCGCUUCGGGGAGCUUCUGACACAGGUGCAGCAGGCCUGCCUUUGAACAGAAGCCUAGAUUAUGCUGAUAGACAAGCAUAUAUGGGAAUGAGCAUUCAUAAACCUGAUGAACCUGCUUUAAAGCACUGUUGAGGACAGACAUCAGUACGAAGAGACUGUGAGGUUUUUAUCACAUGUAAAUAGACCAAACGGCUGCCUUUUUCUGUCAUCCACAGAGACAAUGGACUGUGGUUUUACGUUUAAACCUGCUUUAGCUGUAGUUGAGUGUUUUCUGUACCGAAUCAAGGUCCGCGUCCUUUCCUCUUAUCAAUAAGGACCAGAAUUGAUCUGUUAUCCGAUACAUGCGUCUUGCCGAGAACCUAAACCUUUGGUUUAAAAUAAUAAUAUCAGUCUGUAAUUAUGGUUUGGAGGGCUAGGUGAUUCUAAAAAUAAAAUUAUACAUAGAUAUAUAUGUAAAACAUCCAUUUUUACAUCUGAAUGCCAAAUUUAUAUAUGAUAAAUGUACAUUUUGUAUAGAGAGCUUGUUUGUCAGAGGAUUCUCAUGACGUAAUAUAGAACACUUUCCCAAUGUGCUUUUGAAACUCUGUUUUUGUUAAAACAGAGUUGGUGCAAUUCUAAUACCGCUUUUGUGAUAUUUUGUUGUAAUAAAAAGCAUUUACUUAAAAUCUUUUUUCUGAGGUAAAAAUCUCUUUAUACUCUUGUCUUUUUUUCCUCAAAACAUUUAUUUUAUCUCACAGAUAGAUGUAUUUUUCACAGAAGGAAAUAUUGUGGUCAUUUGUCGUACAUUUGUAGAUGGCCUAUACAUUUAUGUCAUAUGCACAUUGUAUACAACAUAUAGGAAGUUCUUUAUUUGGUGGCUUUGCAAGUUUGCCACCGAUUCGAACGAAUACUGUGCCGACAGCAUUGGAUUAGUUUUUUGCUUUUCAGGUGUAGCUGUGUUACACACUACAAUGUUUUUGCUGACAUGUGAAAAUAAAUUUCCU